CAUAAUCACCCUUAAAUAUUCCUUUCUCUUCUCCUCUCUCUCUCUCUCUCUCUCCAAAUGCUAAAGAGACAGCCAAGCCAACUAUGAGGAUCUACCACUCCAGUAAUCUUCUUCUUCUUGUAUGGCUUUCUUUCUCUAUACUACCUCUCUCACUCUCCUCCACCUCAUCAUCAUCAUCAUCAUCAUCACUGCCGUCCGACAUACAUGAUCUUCUCCGGUCAAAAGGGUUACCGGCGGGUCUCUUCCCUAAGGAGGUAAAGUCGUACACCCUCUCCGACGAAGGGCAGCUAGAAGUGAUCCUCCAUGGACCUUGCUUGACCAAGUUUGAGAAUAGAGUGUUCUACGACGCCGUUUUGAGGGCUAACCUCAGUUAUGGAAGUCUCAUGGGAGUUGAGGGUUUGACUCAAGAAGAGCUCUUUCUAUGGUUACCAGUCAAAGACAUCAUCGUUAAAGACCCUAAAUCAGGUCUUAUAGUGUUUGACAUUGUUGUUGCUCACAAACAACUCUCUCUGUCACUCUUCGAAGAUCCUCCCAGCUGUAACCCCCAAGGUGUUUUGAAGAAUAAUUUGUGGAAAGGAAGAGGAAUUGAGGCUCUGAGAUAUAAAGCAUAUAAAUAAAUAAAAUGCCGACUUGUUUUAACUUUUGUCUUUUCCCUUGUACUGUGUAAUAUAUUUUAAAUUAUAUAGUGUAAUUACAGUUAGAUAAGUUGGUGGGUUUUUCCAGACUAGACAGGGUAGAGAUCAAGCUGAGUACUUAGGAGAAUAUGGUAAAGAUAUAUGUGAUAUGUUGGGAAUCAACGAGUACUAAUUAAUCAAAAUUAGAGGUACUUCUA